AUGCUAAUGUCGAAAGCGAAGGGUAUCUCAGCCUCAGCUUCUCUUCCAUUUCUUCCACAUUCCCUGAACAGCGCGAUGGUCUUUCUCGUUCUCAAAGCCGUGGCGAUCUGUGCUUUGUCAUGGGUCGUUCAUAUAAUUCUUCAGAGAUUUUCUCGUCUGUCUGCAUUCAAGAACCUACCAGGGCCGCCUGCAAAAUCGCUCUGGAAAGGUGUUUUGCCUCAAGUUUUCAACGUCAAUGCUUGGAGCUUUCAGAAAGAAAUGGGCGAGAAAUAUGGCGGAGUCGUCAAGUUGACAGGGUUCCUGGGUGAUGUUCAAUUAUACGUCUUUGAUCCAGUGGCCAUGCAUCAUAUCGUGCUCAAGGAUCAAAAUUCCUAUGAAGAGGUCGAAAGUUUCAUGGCACUAAUUCAAGUGUUGUUCGGAGGCGGCCUUCUGGGCACAAGCGGAGAACAACACAAAAAACAAAGGAAGAUGCUGAACCCGGUGUUUUCGAUUGCUCAUAUGCGCGAGAUGGUUCCUACAUUCUACACUGUCACACACAAGUUACGGGAUGCGUUUUUGAAGAAAGUCGAAGGCGGCCCACAGGAGGUCGAGAUGGUGUCCUGGAUGACCAGAACCGCUCUCAAGUUGGUCGGCCAAAGCGGAUUCGGUUUCUCGUUUGACCCCUUGACGGAAGACGGCAUCACUCACCCUUAUAGCGAAGCCGCAAAGCGAGUCGUACCUCUUGUCUUCAAGAUGUUCAUCUCUCGAAACUACCUCCUCCCUACACUCAUGAAGAUCGGAACACCAGAGCUGCGUCGAUUUUUCGUCGAUCUUCUCCCGUGGAAGCAUCUUCACGACAUUCGAGACGUUGUGAAUGUUCUUCGUAACACUUCAGCGGAGAUCCUAGAGAGCAAGGAGAAAGCAUUGGCAGCAGGCGAUGGCGCCCUCGCUCAGCAAAUCGGACAGGGAAAGGAUAUCCUCAGCAUCCUCUUGAAGGCGAAUAUGUCUGCCUCGCAUGGGGACAGGCUCUCCGAAGAAGAGGUAUUAUCCCAGAUAACUUCCUUGACUUUUGCAGCUAUGGAUACGACCUCCUCGGCGUUGUCGCGUACUCUGUGGCUUCUGGCCAGUAACCAAGAUGUCCAGGACAAGCUGAGGUCUGAACUACGAGAGGCCACAAAACAAGGAGAUUUGGCUUAUGACGAGCUCUCUCAACUUCCCUAUCUUGAUGCCAUAUGCCGAGAAACUCUGCGACUAUACCCGCCGGGCCCCACGGUUGGAAGAACCACCCUCCAAGACUCCGUUCUCCCUCUUUCCCACCCUAUUAGGGGGUUGGAUGGUAAAGAGAUGCACGAGGUCUUCGUUCCCAAACACACGGAGAUAACGCUCAGUAUUUUAUCUUCGAACACGAAUCCGGAGAUCUGGGGAUCUGAUUCCUACGAAUGGAAGCCGGAGAGGUGGCUCAGUUCGAUGCCGGAUACAGUAACUGCGGCGCAUAUUCCAGGAGUCUACUCGCAUCUCAUGACUUUCCUUGGCGGUGGAAGAUCUUGCAUCGGCUUCAAGUUUGCGCAGCUGGAAAUGAAGGUUGUAUUGUCACUCUUGAUACCAACUUUCAAGUUUUCUCCCUCGGGCAAAGAGAUAGUCUGGCAAAUGACCGAAAUCAUCACUCCUACUACGGCAGGCAAUAAGACGCUGACUCCGGAGUUGCCUCUAAUUAUCGAAAUUGCGGCGUAG